AUGGCUGCUACUGGUAUCUACUGGUGUCUAGUAUUGACUUAUAAUAUUUUAACCAACAGUCUAGCUUCAGCAGCUUAUAUAUCUUCAUUCACCUAUACUCCUUAUCCUGUUGUGUGUCCUGGAGAUGAACUAGUGUUCACUUGUAUAGUGGAUGAUAUACCUGAACCAACAAUAGCAUGGAGGAGAAAUGGAAUGACAGUGAUUUACGAACUGAAUAAACAAUCUCUUCCAUUUCCUGAUUUCAUGAUAAAUAUUACAUAUUACAAUGCUACAGAAAGAAAACUGAUUAGUACUGCUACAAGUCAGUCAGUGCCAGUGGAAUUGAAUGGGAGUACAAUUGGUUGCACAAUUGAUUUAAAUAAUUUCAAUACAUCAAAUAUAAACAUAGAAGGUCCACCAGAAGGAGUUCAUAACAUAACAAUUAAUCUGAUAGCUGACAAUAAUUUAAUCAUUAAUUGGACUGCUUCAGGAUCAUGUAUAGACAACUACAAUGUUACUAUAUUUAGAAACAAUACCCCUAGUGAAUCCAGCACUACUGACAACCCUUAUAUAGCAGAUACUACAAUAUUACGUCCUCCUAUUGAGUAUUACAUUAUAAAUGUAUAUAUUACAACAAUUUGUAUUAAUAGUUGUUCUGUGUAUAGUUAUAAUGUAACUGAUACUAAUACUACUAUUACUGGACUAUCUCCUAUUAAUGAAUACUACACUCUUACUAUCAUACCUGUUAAUGUUAUUGGAUAUGGAACAUCACUCACUGUUAAUGUCAGUAUAACUAAUAUUGUGAUGAGUACUACUGAGUAUACCAUGACACAAGAUAUGAGUAUUGCUAAAACAACAAUCACAGUCACUCAAACAAUAAUAAGCAGUUAUAUUGAGAGUUAUGCUUCAUGUAAUACUACAGGAACUGCACAAUCAACAGAUGUAGGAUCCAUUAGUGUUGCUAUUGCUGUACCUAUCACUGGUCUAUUAACUGGACUCAUCACUGCAAUAAUUACUAGUAUCAUUGUAUGUUUAAUAAUGAAAAAGAGAGGGACUACAAUACAAAAUAAAACUCCAGUAGGAGGAGGAGGAGAUGCAGCAGUUAUUGGUCCAAUAUAUGAUUUACCAACAAUCAAUACUGAACAACAAGAACAAAUCAUUGAUACUAAACUUAACACUGCAUAUGGACAAACUGAGAAGAAUCAAGAAUCUCUAUAGACCUAUUUUGCAUAACGUGCUACACAUACAGUCUGCAUACAGUAUUAUAUUGUUGUUGCAUGUUAAUUAAAUACUAUUAACAUAUGCUCAAUUGUUAUGAUA